AUGGAUACCGUCUCGCGUUCGGCUCGGUUUCGGGCGCCAAGCGCAGUUCAGCUCGUCUUUUCCGUCGUGUCCCAGAUCCAUGCGAUUCCUACCAAGCAUCGCGGCUGUCUUCUCGGGCGGUACCGUCAAACGACGACCGGCGAUCAGGUAAUGCAGGUCGGACUAUUUCCACUGGCCGUUACUUCCUUUCUCUUCCUCUCCUACAUAGGCAUGCACGUCAAAAAGGGACGGGGACCGUGCUCUGGUCCCUUUCCCCCUCCUGCCUCGUUGGGCCUCCGCAGAGCCUUUCUUUGGCUUGUGAACCUCCCGCCUGUUUGGACGUGGUCCGAGGCUGGUGGUGGGAAACAAAAGUCUUCAGUCGUGUGCGAUAGACUUCGAGCGGCGCCUGGAUCUCGCCAACUCGGCACCGACGACGGCGAUCCAUCGGCAAGAGACUCUGGAGCUGCGAGCGCUGACCCAUGGUUUCCCGUGUCAAAUGCCAACACCUUGCGCGCUUCGGAUACCACAAGCACGCAGCAGGCGCGUCUUGCCCUGCUCAAGAAGAUUUUCAAACCAGCCGCCCACUUGCAGAAAGGCUCUAUCGAGUACGAAAGGCUGGCGCGCUCCGAACGGGUAUGGGAAGAUUACUUUAUGCCCGGCAACAGCCUCAAGAUGGGGUACGUCGAUGUGCAGCGGAAACUGACGGGCCUGCUGAGUGAAAUCGAUCACCUCAGAGGCAGACUGCCAGUGACGGGCCCUAGGGAAAACCCUGUGAAAGACUCGAUCCGCAAUUUCGAAAGCCUGCGUGGUGGUCUUGAACAAGUUUGCCUUGCCUCCACGCCCAGCAGCGAGCUUGCCAGACUUGUGACGGCGUGGACUGCUCCAAGAGGCGCAGGCGUCAUCGAGUCAGCCACGCAUGAGCUGCAGAACCACAUCAUCGCAUCGCAAUGGGUCGCAAAGAACGCGGCGGCCAAGGCUGGUAUAGCAGGACUGUGCGAAGUUGAAGUACGAGUCCUCGCCGUGGUGUCCGUCGUCAAUACAGACUCCGAGUCGGCCUAUGACACCUGGAGAACAGACUCGAAAAAGGCUGGCGGCAACUUGGUAUGGGGAUCGAAAGUCCCGCUGAGAGAGUACCGUAAUCUACCCAUCAGCGUACGCAGCAAUCGUCUUCGAACCUUUCCGUACCUGCAAGAGGUCCCGGCUUGCAUGGAGAGGUUCUUCCAAUAUCGGGACCUGCAGCAUCGAGAGAAGGCGCUGCACCCGCUGAUUUUGGCUUGUCAGAUGACGGCUUACUUUGUUCUCGUUCAGCCCUUUCCCGAUGGCAAUGGGCGUACCAGUCGCAUGGUUAAGCAGGAUUACCUGGCGCGUCAGGGCUACAGUCCCGUCAUCACCCGGGACUUGAAGCGGGAAGACUACCUGCGGAUGAUCUACGGCGCCGGCCAAGGCAAACCGGAGGAAUUCGUCAUAGCGGUGCUUGAGGCUCAAGUGGCCGUGUUGCACCAGGCUUCCACACGCCUCAAGAUGUAG